UUACCUUGAUUAUUGAGAGUUGCUGGUAAAAUUUGCCUUUGGCUCACGCCGGGAAAACGACCGUGUCAAACACCACGUCUCCUCCGGAGCUCCCGUUUGGCACGCUAGAAAAAAUAAAAAGGCGUUUUCCUGGAAACUUGAUUUAUUACGUUUUUAGAGUUCCAUCCAAGAUCAAAACUGAGAAUCUCCGCCUCUACUCUACUCUCUCUGUUGUCCAAAAAUGUCAGGUAAUAUCAAUAUUGGAUUACCAAUGGAUAAAUUAUCUAUUGGAUCAGUAGAACUAGAGGAAUCACCCAAAACACAACCCAAGGACACAACGUAUGUGGUUUUAGUAUCAACUGGAAGUUUUAAUCCUCCUACUUAUAUGCAUUUGCGCAUUUUUGAGCUGGCAAGAGAUGCUCUAAACUCCGAAGGAUUCUGUGUCAUUGGUGGUUGGGUUAGUGGUUGCUCAAAGUGGUUAUCUUUUUUACAGAGCCUCAUAUCUGCUAAACAUCGUAUUGAAAUGUGUCAUCUGGCUUGCAGAAGUUCAGAGUUUAUAAUGGUGGAUCCCUGGGAGGCCAGUCAAGAUACCUUCCAACGCACGUUGACUGUUUUGUGUAGAAUCAAAAGUUCUUUGUGUGACAGUGGAAGGAUCUCUGGAGAAUCCCUAAAGGUCAUGCUUGUUUGUGGUUCUGAUCUGCUAGAAUCUUUUAGCAUUCCCGGAGCUUGGAUUCCUGAGCAGGUGAGGACUCUAUGUAGAGACUUUGGUGUGGUUUGCAUUCACAGAGAAGGUCAGGAUAUUGAGAAAGUUAUCUCUAAUGAUGAUAUUUUAAAUGAGUACAAGACUAACAUCAAAGUUGUUGAUGAACUUGUACCAAACCAGAUCAGUUCAACACGAGUAAGGGACUGCAUUUUGAGAGGGUUGUCAGUAAAAUAUCUAACGGCUGAUGAAGUGAUUAAUUAUAUCAAACAGCACCGUCUGUACUUGGACUCCACAGUCUAAUGGUCAUGAUAGCAUAGGCAUUGAUACUGGACAUUCCACAACAGGUUUUUCAGAUCUUUAUUUUGUGAGAUUCAUACUAUGCAUUUCUUGGAGGAGUUGUAAUAACAGAAAUCAUGCAAAGUCAAUAUUAAAUCAAUACUAAUUGCUCUCCAUUUAGUUUCAA